AAAUCUUAAAAACUCACAACUCAAAUACAAAACAGAACAAAAUAUCUGAUCAAAGGCAAAAUUCAAAACUAUAUCAUGGUUCUUCCAAAAUCUUCAAUUCCAUUACUAUUUCUACUACUACUUUUACAAUCUGUUUCAUGGUCAGCUUCAGCUUCAAUUAUUGACGAUUUCACCCAAUGUGUGUCCCAAAACUCCAAUGUUUCAGUUCCAUUUUCCAAAGCCCUUUUCACCCCAAACAACAAUAUGUCUGCUUUCACUUCUGUUCUUCAAUCCUCUGCACAGAAUCUCAGAUGCUUAGAACCUUCGGUCCCGAAACCCGAAUUCAUCUUCACACCCUUCCAUGAUUCCCAUGUCCAAGCUGCUGUAAUUUGUUCCAAAAAGCUUGGAACUCAUCUGAGAGUCCGCAGUGGAGGCCAUGACUAUGAAGGCCUAUCUUACAUAUCAGAAAUCGAAACGCCUUUCAUCAUCGUCGACCUCGUGAAACUCCGGUCCAUCAACGUCGAUAUCGAAGCCAACAGCGCAUGGAUUCAGACCGGUGCUACUAUCGGUGAAGUUUACUACAGAAUUUCUCAGAAAAGCAGAGUCCAUGGCUUCCCUGCUGGGCUCUGCAACAGUAUAGGCAUUGGUGGGCAUAUAACUGGUGGAGCAUACGGAUCGAUGAUGAGAAAAUACGGUCUUGGUGCUGAUAAUGUUGUUGAUGCUCGAAUCGUCAAUGCUAACGGCGAAAUUCUCGAUCGAGAAUCCAUGGGAGAAGAUCUUUUCUGGGCAAUCAGAGGAGGUGGAGGAGGAAGUUUUGGAGUCAUUCUCUGGUGGAAGAUAAAACUUGUGCCUGUACCGGAAACCGUGACGGUUUUUACAGUUCCGAAGACAUUGGAACAAGGUGCUACGAAGCUCCUCAAUAGAUGGACACAAGUCGUGGAUAAGCUUGAUGAAGAUCUAUUCAUCAGAGUUCUCAUACAACCUGAGGGAAAAGGAAGCAACAGAACCAUCUCAACUUCUUACAAUGCUCUGUUUCUUGGUGAUGCAGAGAGACUCCUCAAGGUUAUUCAAGCAAGCUUCCCCGAAUUGGGUUUGACGAGAAAUGAUACUAUGGAAACAAGCUGGAUUGGUUCUGUGCUGUACAUCGCAGGCUAUCCAAGUGGAACUCCACCUGAAGUUCUUCUCCAGGGUAAACCAACAUUCAAGAACUUUUUCAAAGCCAAAUCGGAUUUCGUCAGAGAGCCGAUACCCGAAACGGGUCUUGAAGGGAUAUGGAAAAGGUUGUUGGAAGAGGAAAGUCCUUUGAGUAUUUGGACUCCAUAUGGUGGGAAAAUGAGCAAUAUUCCAGAGUCUGAAAUCCCAUUUCCUCACAGAAACGGAACCAUUUUCAUGAUUCAGUACCUUGCUCUGUGGCAAAAUGAGAAAGAAGACGCGGCAAAGCAUAUAGAUUGGAUUAGGAAGCUGUAUAACUACAUGACUCCGUAUGUGUCUAAGUUUCCAAGAGAAUCUUAUGUGAAUUAUAGAGAUCUUGAUCUGGGGAUCAACAACAAGAGCAGCACGAGUUUUGUUGCAGCAAGUGCUUGGGGAAACAGGUAUUUCAAGGAUAACUUUAACAGAUUGGUGAGGGUGAAGACGAAGGUUGAUCCUGAUAACUUCUUCAGGCACGAACAGAGCAUCCCACCUGUUCCAGUCACACCAAGUUCCAGGAAAAGACACGAUGUGAAAGGCUAAAGUCUAGAUGAUAUUUGGGUAGUUUAUUGUAGUCUCUGUUUUUGCUACGUCGGUUGCUUUUGAGAAACUUGGUUUUUAUAUGAAUGAAUAUAUAUCGUACAGUAUUUUAGCCACGAACAUGCUUAAAAGGAAUAAAAAGUGCCUUCGUAUAUACUGCCUUUCAACUGUGGCAGAGAAGUGAUAUAUAUAAUUGUUUUUAUUAAUAAUUCUUGAGUUACCAAA